AUGGCGGCCGAGGUCUCUUCUCCACACUCCUCCCGCCCAGGCUCAGACGCUAGCAACCCGCACCAGGACCUUUACAUUCCUCCGAGCAGAUUGAGCCUCUCCUUGGCCUCCGACCCAAGACGGCCUGGAAAUGAUCCAUCGACAUCGUCUGGCACCAACGGUACGGGCAACGCCUCAAAUCCGUCACCCUACACACCCCUAUUUGGCUCAGUGGAAUUCUGGACCCGGCGGGAGCAGGCAGACGUGGAGCGGGGAGCACCUCUACAGGCCGCUUCCAUCCACCGAGCUGCGGAGGUAGCCAGAUGGGAGUGGAUCCAAGCUCAUCGCACCAGGCUGGAAAGGGAAAAGAGGGAUGACCCCAUUCAGACACAGCCUAGUCGCGCUGGCUAUAGCUUCCUCCCGUCCUUUAGCACCUCUUACUCAAACUCUUCCUACUCCGGCGGCAGGUCAAUGCCUUGGCGACAGGCAGUCGCAGCACCUAGAGAACCACCCGUCGCAUCAUCGUCAUCCUCUCCCCCAUCAUCCAUGGAGGUCACUGCUAGUGGCCCGGUGACACACCCUCGCUACAAUGCCCAGGCCUCCCUUACAGAGGGACCCACGCUUCCUCGUCCUUAUAUCGACGAGUCUUCUGUGAUCUCCGGGUCUGAAAUGUCCUCCUUGGAAGACAGGCUACAGCGCGAGGACAUCGUUUCGACUCGGGGCCAGACUAACGCACACUUCCAGAGUCCUCUUCAAGAUUCGACCACUGCUUUCGGCAGUCGUCAGAGCAACGAGACUAGCCAAGCCAACCAGACUUCUGACUUUCUACCGUCGCUUCGGCGUACUUCCCUCCAGCGUCACCGAGAUCAGAGGCCCUUGAUGCCCAGAGAGGCUCAGAGUUCUCGCUUCUUGGCCAGCGGCGGUACACUCCACGAUGACCUCACAGCUUGGAACCACCUGUGUCGAGACUUGGCCAUCGCCGCUGGUAUCUCGCCGGACGAGGAUGGACCCGGCGAAGAAGAGGCCAGAGUUGCUUCCACAUCGUCUCGCAGCAUGUUGCCAUUUGGUAUCGAAGCCGGACCUCGCGGACUACCGCAUCCCAUCUGGGGCAGACGAUAUUUGGGACCAGCAGGAACUUGGCUGCGCGCUGAAUUGCUCGCUAGGGGUCGCGAGGCGGCUGGAUUGCGAAGCAGCGAUGGUGUCACGCCGGCCUCUGCCUUAGCCAAUGAGUGGAGAGCUACCGUUCGCAAUGCUAGGACGGCCGUGGGAGGUGGAUCAGGCGUCGCUGCAAGUAGGCCUGCUGACCGCACGACAGGUGGCCCUUCUGCUACGAGCUCUGCGGAUCGCACUAGUGGGGAUUCAGCUGAAGCGGGAGCUCCUACCGUACCUCGCCAUCCUACAAGCGUUGUAGGCACUCCGAACGUCAACGAUUCACUGGGCCUACCCGCUGUAACGCUUGACGGCAGCCUCACGGACCCAUGGGCAGCCAGUCUAGCCCGCAACAACGAAUCUUUACGACCACCGCCGACCCUCAUUAGCCCCACCCCACCACUCACCGCUCCGAUAGGCUCAGGCAGACCGCCGCACUCUGUACAGCCCACUCAUCCUAGCCAGACUCCAGCAAUGCGGUCGAGCGGCAACGAUCCUCUUCCGGAUUCCGCCUUUCACGUUCCGGCCGCUGCCGCCUCUCCUCCGCAACGAACCGCUGCAGCAGAAGAAGUCGCUCGACUGGCUCGUAGCGCCCGAGCGCUGCGUGAGAAUCUCCGGAACAGUCGUCAGCCUCGACGACUAGGGGUGGGAGAGUCCUCGCCGAGUUCGUCUGUCUCGACCGAUAUCGCUACUUCGCCCGCUGCAACUACCACACAUGGGCAGCGCAUCUCCGACGGAAACGGCAUGCGGCUUCUACGGCGGCUGAGGGCAUUGGACGGACUCGAGGAUCGCAGAACAGAUCGAAGUGAGACCAAUUCAGCAAAUGUGGCCGAAGUCUUUCCUUUUGAUUCUGCUCCGAGACCUCACGAGCUCUUUCCAUGGUACUCGCCACCGUCACGCGGUCAAGAGCUGCCCUCAACUUCAAACUCUCGAAGCCAGUCUGACUUCAAUGAUGCUACCGCCAAUCCGACAGACGAUCCUGCCAAUCUUGAUCCUGAUGGUGAUGCUGUCGGCCAAGACUGGUAUCGCGGCGUCAGGGCUCGGAUGCAAGGCUCACUUGCUGCUGCUGCUGCUCAGGCAGCUCGAGACGAUCCAGACGGAGAGCGAGUCCCUCGAGAAGUAAUUGUCAGUGGGGAUGAAGAUAUCUCGACAAGGCAUCGUAGCGGUAGGAGAUCUCGAGGUAGAGGAGAGGACGCUGAGGUAGACGAUGAAGGCGCCGCCCGUCGCCAGAGAAAUCGGACAGCCCUCGUCAUUGCCGACGGAGAUGACACUACGUCAAGUUCUAACCCUUGGCUGGCUUCGGCGACUACGACUGCCCCUCGAAACGUCGCCGAGGGAUGGACUCUUGUGAGCAGUUCUGGGCAGAGUCCUCCCUCUCCCCCGAUGCCACAGAGUCCCGUCCGAGCCACCCGCGAUGAAGGCUCGGAUAACGUCACGAUGUGGUUCCGUGGACCUUCUGGCAAUCGCGGGCUCUCUACGAGUCCGAGUUCGACCGAAGAGCCACGGACAGACGCUGUCACUCUCAGAACAGAGGGAAUGAUGCCCAGGUCUAUCCGGUCUCCGUUGCGACCGAUCAGUGCCGAGACAAGUCAGCCCUCGACAGCCGAAAUCCAGGCAGCCUCUGAUCCCAGAACGGUCAGAAGGCCACAACGCUUGCGUUCUCUCAACGAAGACGACCUAGUGCUCGCCAGCGGCAAUCUAGCAGCGCAAGAUGCUGCAAGACCUUCCCGAAUGCAUCAGCAAGUAGCCGCAAUUGGCAACGAGCCUCGGCCCAUUCCGACCUGGUCUUCCCUCGCCCGACGAGCCGAGUACUGGGGUGCUGGACAGCCAUCGAGUACUAAUACCGAUGCAAACCCCAGUGCAUUGCAGGCCAUCUCUUCGGCUCCCAAUCUCUCAGUCUUCGAUCUUCAUCGAGAUGUCCCCAUCGAUGAGCUGAGGUCACGUCAGCUCGCAAUCUGGCACGCCUCUCAAGCCGAGCACGUAAAUCGACGUUCAUCAGGCGAUGGGAUACUGGCGGACGUCAUGACAGACGAACCGGAAGAAGCAACCCCACAGGAGCUCUCCAAUCCAGUCGAUCAAGAUUCAACAACCUCUCCGAUGCAUCGAAGCUCAUCUGCUGUGGCUGCUGUUCAGGACCGGAUGGCCGACGUCUCUAGCCGCCUUGAAGCGGAGCUGAGGGAACGAGAGGAAGAGUUGAGGGCUUCUGCUGAGCGACUGACAGAGGAGCUUGCGAGGCGAAGAGCGCGUAUCGAUGAGCUUCGACAAAGAGAGGGUCGUAUUGGGAGAGUUCUGGAAUCUAGCGAGGCUGCUUUGAGAAGGGUACAAGAUAUGCAAUCAUCUGCAGGCCAGACUGGUGACGCGAUCAACAGUAGGACUGAGCAUACUACUGUCUCUCCGGCAGCCACUCCUGCUGAUAUGCUAUCGGCAGGACAAAGGCCACCAGCCGAGCCCGUGAGCCAGACAAGACCACAGACAUUAGCGAACUCAUCACUCGUCAGACGUCGCACCCUGCGCGAUUCUGCUCCUCAGCUCCGGGGUCCUAGGGCUCCCCGUGGCGGCUUCAACUAUCUCGAGCGCACUGUGGAGACUUCAAGAGAGACGCCGCCAGCGGCGGAGAGCCGGACUGCUUUCGCUCCUCUCAUGCGACGUUCGGCUUCAUCGUCCUCACUCGCACUCUCGACGUCGAGCACUGGCCGAGAGAAGGACGAAGACCAGAACCGGUCUACGCUGCAGUCGCCUGGGCCCACCUCUUCUCGUCGGUGUCUGGACGAUUCGAUCCUGGCGUCACCCCUCGCAGCACAAGCUUUACUUCUCAGCCAUCCCCCACUGCGCAGUCUCAUCACCGCUGAAGACCAGCGUCGUCUUGAUGCAACAUCGGCACUCAUCGUCGAAGCAAUGGAUUCGGCUGGACACUCUGCCUAUCGUGAUGCCGUCCUAUCGGCUCAUCGGCGACGCUUGGAGAAUUGGUCGCCUGCCCAAAUUCCACUGUCUAGCACCACUAUGGAAAGCUCCUAUCCACUGCGAUUCGAAAUCAGUCGUCACAUGAGGUCAGACGAGCCCAGUGAUCAAGGUAGCAUGCCUGCGACUACAUUAGCACGGAUGCGCAAUGUUCUUCGUAAUGAUGAGAGCAGCGUGAGCUUCGAUGCUAGCCGUGGUACUGAGGUGGUCCUUCGGUUUCUAGCCGCCAUGCCUCAGUCUGGAGCAUCCCGGGACCCUGCUCCUUCCUCAAGCCACCUGACGACUACUAGGACGCCAUUGAUGGCAAGUCUCACUGCGCAAGAUGGCGGGGUGUCGCCGCUAUCCGGCCCUUCUAUGAGCAGACUCGAAGAGGAGCAGGCGUGGAACACAGCUCGAGCGAGACUCAUGACAGGCAGCAGCAACCCCGUGACCCCUCCAAGCAUGGGCGAUGUCACGGAGAGCACUCUGCCUGCUCCUGAAGCGGCUACUCAGGCCGCAUCGUCUAGCCCACUAGCUUCUCCCCCUGCUGGGCGCUCGGUAGCUGGGAGUGUGCCUGCCAAUAUGCCCCAGAUCCCUCGCGGUCUGACCGAUAGGGAGACCUCUGUCAUCCGUCACAUACUAGCGCUCAGAGGCACGGCAUCGACUGUCGCAGAAAGGGUUUCCCAACUCUCGAGGCUGUCAAACGACGACAUUUCUGUCAUUCGUGGUCUCGCGAUACGGGCAGCCUUGCCUCCAGGCUUCUUUGCUGUUCAAAGCCAAUCUUCAGCCGCGACACCCAGGGUGGGCGGUCUUGGAGAUGUUGCAGCGGGGAACGGUGCAGUGAACGUCACACCCUCGGCUUCAGGCACGGAUCCUGUCCCGCCUCGCCUAGCUCGCUCCGAACUGCCUUCGCUGCUCUUCACCGAGCCAGUUCCACUCACAGAAGAGCAACUUGCCCUCGUCAAGGAGCUUUGCGUGCAGGUCUGUCCCGAUGACGAUGCGCGACCGACCGCGAGCGCCCAAGUUCUUUCCCUCGUUGCAAAGGACAAGGUGGACCGCUUCAUCGCUCUCAGGGCUCAGUCUUUUGCGCAGGCAGCUACGCACAAGGCUAGCGCAGAGGGGCCCGACAGUCAGGGACCGGUAUUCGCCCUCAGCAGCCUUAUCGUCAAGGCCCGAGAAGCGCCCAGCCCGCUUCAAGGCCCGGAUCAAGGUGGGGACGUUGGUAGAGCGAACGAAAGUGGGGCCGGUAGUGGCUCUGCCAUUCCGGCUCAUGCCUCUAGCACCAGUCCGCAGCAGAGCACUUCAAGGCCUCCACUACAGUCUUCAACAAGCCCAUCCGUCGAUGCAGCUCGACGGGAGCCCAGAAAUCACAUCCAUGCCCUAAUCUUCUUUAGUAUAUCUCCUAUCACGCGGGAGCAGCUUGCCGAAUGGGACAAUGUCCACAAGACGGACGCCAUUCGCUAUCUCCGGACACUCAGGCGCGAGAGGUCCAGUCGACAUCACGAAGAAGACAGAGGUUCAAGGAGCAGACUGGAGCCGUGGGAGCUAGAUCCAUUGAAGGACUCUGAACAGGAAGAGCGGGAUCUGGGUGAUCCAACUGCUGUUGCUCGACGACGGGAGGAGAUGCACAGGGCGGACGAUGCCGGGGUACAGAGGUUGUUGGACGCUCGAGAGGCUGCGGGUGGCUCUACCUCUGAUUCGCGGUCCUUGCCGCAAUUGCGCCCGGCGGCCAUAUUCCCUAUUGAUCUAACGCGAGGCGGAGCCAUCGUGAAUCUCGAGCAAGAAGGUCUGCGUACGCAUGGAGAUGCGCAACAGAGGAGGCAGCGACCCAUUGGCAGAUACAUGGCCAUCAAGAUCCUGGCUGGGGACGGGCCGGUCGGGAGUGCUGCUCGAAGAGGCGAUGCGGAUGAUAACACUGCUGUGAGCUCAGCGCCAGGUUCUGAAGCCGCCGCUGCCACCCGGCGCUGCAUUGAUCUCUUCUACAUUGGUGUUAGGGGUUGGCCUGCUACUGGCACUGGUAGCCAGGAUGGGCGAUGGCGUGACUGA